CGACUGUAUCCUUCACCUCACCCGCCGCCCAUCCUAGACAUAUCAAGCACAGUCAGUAGUCGCAGGAUCGCCUCGUCUUUGCCUCGAUCCCGAGUUGAUCAAGCAGCACAGCUCACAGAUUUGGCAAGUCAUGGCACCACGCGCCGCUUCUUCGCCCUCUGCCGUGGCAUCGACAUCUCGUCAACUGGCGGGCCUGCUACGCAAUGCUGCUGGCGUUCCUCGGCGUCACGCAGGUGAGGCUUCCAGGCUGAGGCCAUCAUCAUCCGCUGCCUUUUACGGCUUCAGUAGCGGUACGCUCUCCUCUUCAUCAGCCCCGCACCUUUCAGCAUUCGCAGCAGCUUCUCCCCGGCGUUCAUUCUCAGCCUCCCCGCGCUCUUCCGCACCACCCCAAUACAGAGGGCAAGCAGAGGAGGCUCCCUCACUCACACCGAAAAAGACUACCGAAGAGCUCCAGGCAUGGUUUCAAGAGCGCUUUCCCGGUGUUGACCUGCCAGAUAAUGUCAUCCUGCAGGCUGCAACGCACGAGAGCUGGAAUCAUGGACUUACUACAGACGGGCACAAUAGGAGGCUAGGCUUCAUUGGGCGAAGAGCAUUACAAAUGUUCUUGACAAUCUUUUUGCACUCGAGGGCACAUACCUCCCAAAAGGCCGCUGCCCUCCUGGGCUCGCCUGACGCUCUGGCUGAUGUGCUCAAGACGAGCAGGCUGGGAGACAAGGUCGGGAGGACGCUGCAGCUGGAGCAGGUUAUGCGCUGGACGCCUGCUGUGCUCGAUGGUCAGCGGGGACCAGUAGAGACGGGGUUGUUCAAGAUUCGCGGAGUGACAGUGGAAGCUCUGGUGGGAGCCAUCUAUCAUCAACAUGGUGCUGCCGUAGCUCGAUCUUUCUUCCAUGCCAACGUCUUGCCAAACAUUGAAACACUAGACGAGGCGACUAGGAGCGAGCUAGCAAGCGCAAUCCGGGCAGAAGCGAAUGAAGGCGCAUCGGUGUUGGCCUCAAUGGCUGACAGAGUGCAAAAGAGCGGUUCCGUAGCACUGGAGAGCACGUCCUUUUCGGCUGCAACGAGACCAGCAGUGGACAGUGGAAGCUCUUCAGCACAGGGUGCUCAAGGAGAGACAUCGAAGCAGUUCGGUAGCGCAGGGGGAGUGAGCUCUUCUGCUUCGCCGGGAAGGAGGACGGUGGGAAGGAUGCCAACUACAGACAAUGCAGCUCUGCAUUCAGAGGGAGGUUCGGAUCGUCAAUAUGUAGGAGGUACAGAAGGCAGGGUAUGAGAGGGAUAUUUGGUCAUAUGGAGAGGAGGAGCGGGCGGUAGAGACAUUCAUCCGGAGCACUGUCAAGAUCCAAGUGUAGAAGCAACAUCAAUCACCACCACCAUCGCAUUUGCAUCUCACCAUCCGCGUCCGCGCUCAUUUGCAGACGUACGAUUACCU